AUGUUAGGAAAAGUCGUUACAGCUAUGGCCUUGGGUGCUACAGUGGUUACUGCUCAACUCAGUAAUAGUUCCAUUUUCUCAAUUCUGAACACAUCGCAGCUUAGUCCUUCUUACAAGUUUGCCCAGUAUCUCCAGUCUUCUCCUGAUUUCCAGCCUGUGGUCGAUCUCUUGUCUCAACCUGGAAACCUUACAGUUUUUAUUCCUUCUGACGAAGCGCUGGACCAGGCUAUCCAACUCGCCAAUUCCACCAAUUCCAACUCAACCACUGGGCAUAAUACUACAUCCGGUGCCCACAACAGCACUAAGACUGGUACCGCCCAUACUCGCAUGAUUGAAGAACUAUACGUGGUUCGCCCGGACAUUUUGCAACACCGCAAUAAUGUUAUCCAUGCAACCGAAACGAAUGAAACCCAGGAUAAUUCCACUGAAACCAAUUCCACUCAAUGGACAUCCCCAUGGAACAGUACUCUUUUGAAAGACCAGAACUUUACUCUUAUCGAAUUGAUUAAGUACCACAUUGUCAACAAUACUUUUGAUUUGUCCGAAAUUCCUGUCCAGGAUAACCUCACCUAUGUCGCCAAUUCGAUGGUCACCAAUGAAACUGUAAAUAAGUUUGAAAAUGGCUUGCCUCUGGUUAUUGACAGUAAUACAACUAUCAUCAAUAACACACUAUGGAACACUACUUCAUCAAGCAGCACUACACCAAGUAACACCCAUAUCUCUGUUGCUUCUUCCGGUGGCCAAUCUUUCUACAAUGUCACUGAUUAUAAUAGCACCUUUGUCACUGUUCUGAACAAUACUAGCAGUGGUAACAAAACUGCCAACAGUACCUAUACUAUCCCAGUUGGUUACAGAGUUGGAAAUGGUGAAGUUACUGCUAAUGUGCUCUUAAGAGAUAUUAUUGCCUCGAACGGAAGACUUAAUAUUAUUGACAAAGUCCUUGUGCCUCCCGUCUCUCCUACUAAUGUUAUUGACAACGUCACAUCUACUUCUGACUUUAAGAAAUUGUUUUUGCAGUACCCUCAAAUUGCUGCUCAAUUGAAUUCCACCAAUAACUUUACUCUAUUUGCACCGACCGAUAAGGCUCUCAAUGGGUUUGAUUACAAGAAGUAUGACAACCAGACCUUGAUGAAUUUGAUGCAGACUCACGUCCUUGAAGGACUUUACUACACUACCAAUUUCACUGAGGCCACUAGUGGUAACGGUACUGCCCAAGUGAGUGCCAUGAAUGGUGCCCAAUUCCCUGUUACCGUCAGCAACAAUGGCUCUGUUAUCACUCUUAACAACACCGCUCACAUUGUUAAAAGCAAUGUACUGUUCAACAAUGGUGUAAUGCACUUGAUUGACCAAGUCCUUCAACCUCAGGCUCAAACCAACCAAACUCAAGCUACACAGCCUAGCCAGAACGCUCAGUCGAGCCAGAACGUUCAGCCCACUCAAAGCAAUGGAAACGUUCAACCCAGCCAGACAGACGUAGUCCCCUCUAAUACUGCUGACCCUAACCAACCUAUGCAGCCCAGCCAGUCCAACCAAGAUGAUCAGCCUAGUCAGCCCAACCCAGAAACACCUCUUCCUCAGACAUAA